AUGGAUGUUGACGAAGCUUUGGAGGAUGCAGUAAUAUCAUAUGUUAACAUGGACGUCAGAGAAAAUGGUGCAUUAUCAUGCCGUCCUCAAGAACCAGGACAUGCUUUUCGAGCAAAGCACAAUAUUGCUUUAAAUUUCAAAAAUAACACGAUGAUGGCAAAAUCCAGGUUGCCUCAUCCCAUUACCUAUAGACACUGCAAUGUAAGAUUGUUUCAUCAUGAAUCAUGCGACACAUGUUGCAAUGGUGGAAAGGAAUCAUUUUCACGAGUUAAUGCUCUUAUACAAUUGCAACAAUUAUUUUUGGAUGGUUCAGCUAAAGGAAAACAUUUUAGGCAACAUAUUCGAAGCUAUAACCAUGUGUUCUCAUUCACUUCAAUUGGUGUUCAUGUUGAUGAGAAUAUUCUUGCAUUUGGUCGUGGUAUAUACACAUUCCGUGCUCAAGGUUCUUUUUAUCAUUACAUAGGAGGUUUAUAUCCAAUGAGGGUGUCAGGCCGCGUUUCUUACAACUAUACAUCUACGACACUGAUAAUGAGCUAG